UCUGUGCCGCGCUGUCCCGGGCUGUUCGGUGCUGUACGGACGGUGGCGGGCGCACGGUCGGCCCGGGCGGUGGCAGCGGCCAUGUCGGUGUUCGUGACGCGGCGGAUCCCGGCCGAGGGGCUGCGGCUGCUGUCCCAGGCCAGCGGGUGCCGCGUGCAGCAGUGGGACUCGGAGGAGCCGGUGCCGCGGGCCGAGCUGCUGGCGGGCGUGGCGGGGACGCGCGGGCUGCUCUGCCUGCUCUCGGACCGCAUCGACCGCGAGGUGCUGGACGCGGCCGGGCCCGACCUGAAGGUCAUCAGCACUUUGUCCGUGGGCUUCGACCACCUCGCCCUGGACGAGAUCAAGAAGCGGGGGAUCCGUGUGGGGUACACCCCCGACGUGCUGACCGACGCCACCGCGGAGCUGACCGUGGCCUUGCUGCUGUCCGCGUGCCGCCGGCUGCCGGAGGCUGCAGAGCAGGUGAAGAGUGGCGGCUGGACAACGUGGAAGCCCCUGUGGAUGUGUGGGUAUGGCCUGUCUGACAGCACCGUGGGCAUCAUCGGGCUGGGCAGGAUAGGACAGGCAGUUGCCCGGCGCCUGAAGCCGUUUGGGGUCAGGAAGUUUCUGUACACUGGCAGUGGCCCAAAACCGGAGAGUGCAGCAGAGUUUGGGGCUGAGUUUGUCCCGCUGACGAGGCUGGCUGAGGAGUCGGACUUUGUAGUGGUGACUUGUGCCCUGACGCCAGCUACCCAGGGGAUGUGCAACAAGGACUUCUUUGGCAGGAUGAAGAAGACUUCUGUGUUCGUCAACACAAGCAGGGGGGCUGUGGUGAACCAGGAGGACCUGUACGAUGCAUUGGCCCACGGCCGGAUCGCAGCAGCUGGCCUGGAUGUCACCACGCCGGAGCCACUGCCUACUGACCACCCCCUGCUGUCCCUCAAGAACUGCGUGAUCCUGCCGCACAUCGGGAGCGCCACGUACGCCACCAGGAGCACCAUGGCAGUGCUGGCAGCCAACAACCUGCUGGCAGGGCUGCGAGGGGAGCCCAUGCCCCACGAGCUGAAGCUGUGAUGGCCGGGCCCCGCUCCAGCAGCGCCGUGGGACGGACGCGGCGCUGAGGGCCAGCCUGGUCCCCUCCCCUGCCGGGGCCAGGAGCCAUUAAAGAGUAGCAGCCGA